CAUGUGACCUGGACAUGGAACCCACGCCCCAGAACUCCACUGACUUCCUCCUCCUGGGCCUCGUCACCCGGCCAGCACUCCCUGGACUCAUCUUUGCCGUGGUGUUCUCCAUCUUCCUGGUGGCCGUCACGGCCAACAUGGUCAUGGUUCUACUCAUCCAUGUGGACUCCCGCCUCCACACACCCAUGUACUUCCUGCUGAGCCAGCUUUCCAUCAUGGACACCAUCUACAUCUGUGUCACUGUCCCCAAGAUGCUCCAAGACCUUCUGGCCAAGGAAAAGACCAUCUCCUUCCUGGGGUGUGCACUUCAGAUCUUCUUCUACUUGACCCUGAUCGGAGGGGAGUUCUUCCUGCUGGGCCUCAUGGCCUAUGACCGGUAUGUGGCCGUGUGCAACCCCCUGCGGUACCCUCUCCUCAUGAACCGCAGGAUUUGCUUGAUCAUGGUUCUGGGCUCCUGGGCUGGUGGCUCCUUGGAUGGAUUCAUGCUGACCCCUGUGACCAUGAGUUUCCCCUACUGUGGGUCCCGAGAGAUCAACCACUUUUUCUGUGAGAUCCCAGCGGUCCUGAAGCUGUCCUGCGUAGAUACAUCACUCUACGAGACGCUGAUGUAUGCUUGCUGUGUGCUGAUGCUGCUCAUCCCCGUUUCCAUCAUCUCUGUGUCCUACACGCGCAUCCUCAUCACCGUCCACCGCAUGAACUCCGCAGAGGGCAGGCGCAAAGCCUUCGCUACCUGCUCCUCCCACAUCAUGGUGGUGAGCAUAUUUUACGGGGCCGCCUUCUACACGAAUGUGCUGCCCCAUUCCUACCAUACGCCAGAGAAGGACAAGGUGGUGUCCGCCUUCUACACCAUCCUCACCCCCAUGCUCAACCCCCUCAUCUACAGCCUGAGGAAUAAAGAGGUGGCCUCAGCCCUGAGGAAAUUGCUGGGGAGAUGUGAUUUCUCCCAGAGAAUAAGACCAGGAGAUGUGUCUAGGAAACACUAG